CUUAUUAUCGCCAUGGCGAGAUUUAGACGACAUUCGAUCUGUUCCCCUGCUGGCCCCCGCUCCAACGUGUCUUGAAGCCGCCGCUGGAUUUGUUCCCUGGUAUACUGCGCUGCGCCAAGAUGGUGAUGGAAUUGGCUGGGGUGCAAACAGGGGAGAGGGACAUCUGGGCUGACCAAGAUGCCAGGGCUCAGGAAUUCGAUGAGCACACCCUGAUCGCGCGUGUGUUUUGAGAUUUAUUUAUAUCAAAGCUUUGUCCGGUUUGUCCCAGUUACGUUGUCUUCGUAUGAGACUACUUACAUCGUGGUGGUCAUGACUAUGGAGCAGCCAAUGCUAUGGCACCCUUCUACAAUGUCGUCCGGCAAAACUGGCGUAUGUUUACUCCUCUGGAGAGACGCGAUAUAGCUAUCUAUAUAUUGGGUAUCAUGCUGUACAAACUUGGCUUAGAGGCGUUCAAUGGAUCUAUCGUGACUCUUGCCACGAACAAAUACGACUACGAUGCCUACAUCACCCACACUCCUCCAAAAACAUUCCAACGCGUUGGGCUCAUGGUAGGCCUUAAUCAGGCUUGUCAGUGUGUCGGAUCUAUCUUGAUCGCCCCUCUGAUACGAAGAUUUCCUGCGCGGAUAGUGUUGGCUGCGGGAGUUCUCGUGUUUGGCAUUCUCAGUGCCCUACUUCUCGUCAUCGAUGCUAGUACAGGGGGAACAUUUGCCCCAGCAUCCUUCCGUAACAAUCAUCCGGAACAUGACUUUCAUUACUACGGCCGCUACAACACGGACGGCAUUAUUCCUGUCUACUGUGUGGCUGGAAUUGCAUACGGUAUGGUUGAAUUGAUACGUCGAGUAAUUCCUCGCGAUCUUGUUGGUGGCCACGUUCAGAAGUUGCGCCAGCUGGAUGCGCUGGUGCAUAUCUUUUACGAGGUAUCCGGAACCGCUGGCGCGUUCUGCACUGCUCUCGCUUUGAUUCCUUAUUUUGGCAACAACUACUCUUUUUUGAUUACGCCUGUUUGUUUUGGGCUCGCGGCCAUUGUAUGGUUUUUCCUCUCGGACUGUGGGUUCCAAACCCAACGUGCCGAAGUUCUUGAAAACCAGCCUCCAUAUAUCCAGGCGGUGGUGGUGGGAUUCUGGCUUUUUCUGGAGUCAAUUUGGACGGGUGCGCGCAUCCUCUUCACUUCUCGCAAGUUUAUCUGGCUAGUGCCCGGAUACGCCAUCGCGUUGUACGCCCACCGCUACCUUGAGAAUAGUGUAGCUCCCGCGAUCGCUCGUCGCUACUUUGGGAACGCCGCGUGGUCGCAGAUCAUUGUGGGCGGCUCGAAUCUAGGAGAGCUUCUCGGCGCAUUGUUUGUCAUUCUAUUCGCCAACCUCGUCCAUACCCCGAUCCCCUGGCUACGGCUGGACGCGAUUAUGUUGCUUAUAACCUGGUAUCUGCCCUUCUGGCGUCCACCACCUUCGCAAGUUUCCAUGGCUUGGAUCGCCGCCGCCACCUUUCUGCCCAUCUCUUUCGGCUGGGCAGCAGGUGACGUAUCCUUAGCGGCUUACAUCCAAGCAGCGCUUGCACGGGUCGAGUCGAAGACAAAGAACGUCUCGUCUCUGGGCGCAGUCAUGGCCUUUCUUUACUCCACAUACAUUGUUCUCUACGCAAUCACAUCUCCCAUUCUCGGCAGUUACAUUGACCACGUCUACGCUCGAACCGGCGGCUCAGAAGGAGGCGGCAACAUUUACGAAGCGAUCCGAAAUAUCGCCAGUGUCCAGUUUACUGUGAUAUCCGUCCUGGUCUUCCUCGCUACAUUUGUACCGUGGGGGUCCUGGGCGUUGAAUCCUGGAAUGCUUCACAAAGAGGAUUUAUACCAUGAAUUACCUGGAUUAGGAAAGUCGACAUCAAAAGACAAGUGCGCAACGUGAAGAGCAGUGUUUUAGUGUAGAGGGAAAAUCCCUAUUUUGUUUCUACCAAUUAA